AUGGUCGGUACGAGUUUAGGUAAUGCAGCGAUUGGUCUUUUGCAUAGCAUGCACGAGUUUCGCUGCGGCGUAGAAGACAACGUUACGGAUAUGAUGGAUUAUUUUGACGAGGAAGGCUACCUCGACAUGGCGAACCAGCCUAAUCACGCGCUGGCGAUGCUGCAGCUGGCAGAGUUUUUUCAAAUGCGGGAGCUUUACAUUAGGGCAUUUUCUCACUGCGUAGGCAUGAGCGAGUACCUAUUUGAGAGCCCCGGUUUCAUGCAACUCGGUCCUGCAACACGCAAACUUAUUCGAAAGAGACAUCUCGAACUUGAUCACCGCAUGACGAGAUCUUCCAUGAUGUUGAGGACUUUUCUCGACGACGAGCUCUCAGAGGCGCACUUGAGCGUCGCAGCUGGUGCGAGAGCCCAUCUUGAGCGGUUCAGGAGCUUUUUGUUAUCUUUCUACACAGCCAAGCUGGGAUAUUAUCCGCCUGCUGGUACAGAUGCCGAUAAUAAUCUGUUCGACCCGGCUAUCCUGCGAAUUAUGCGGGAGGACUUUGAGGCGCUGUAUGAUCUCUUGGUUGAUGACCAGUGCACCAAAGCUUAUGCUAUGCCUCCUACCGCUCACGGAGGAAUCUGCACUAUUCAGCUAGUGCAGUCUUUUGACUUGCAGCACGAUUACCAGACUCUGAAGAAUCCUCUGCCGCUGCUUCCCGACACGAAUCCUCACGGCUCACGACGCAAAGCGUGGCUGUAUGGACGCCUGAGAUCCGAUCGCAAGGUUACAGCCCACGCAGCGCUGGUUAAUGCCUCCAACUUGAUAAAGCCUGGUGUAGCGCAGAAUGACCUAGUCAAAGCGUACAAACGUUUCGAGGAGGAGUCUAUCAUGUCUCCCAACAAGGCCGACAAGAUGGACAAGGUGUCACUGGUGGAUGCUCGCAAGGUCAGAUGGGUUCUCAUCUACGCGACAUACCAAGUUCUUCGACAUGCAACCGACUUGGCACCUGAGCUGAAACAGAACGAAAUCCAUGAGGCUUACUACAGCUUGUCUGCCUCGACUGAAGGCCUUCCGCCGUGGGACACGCCUCGUGAGAUGGGGCAACUCCUCAAGCGCCAGACGCAGUAUGUCACUGGCCCGGUGGACUGGACUGUGUACACAGACCAAGACGACACUGAUGGAAAGAUCGAGAUCAAGCCUGACAUUGACUACUUUGCUCUCACCCAGCGAGACCGUCCCCAGACACAAAACGGGUACGGCGAGCGUCGACCAUCGAUGUCAGCACGCCCCUCGCGCUCAAACUCUUUCUCUCAAGCUCUUAGCCGUUCUUCAACCUUUCGACGUUCCAUGGCUAUGUUCAAGUCUCCUAGCAGCACACCACCUCAGUCCAUUGCACCGCCUCGAUCGACAUACCACGAAAUUGUUGUUCACGGGUACGGCAACGGAACCAACCACGUCAGCCUUGGAACGGAAGAGACCGACAGCAGCAGCGAGUUGAAGAUGGAGGAUAUCGGAGUAGCGCUAUCAUCGCCCUCACCACCACCUCCUUCUUCACCUGAGAGCCUUGAAACUAGUGAUGACGCUCUCGAUUCCCCCAUCGACACACCAGAGUUCCCUCCCUUGGUAGAACACUACGUCGAACCCGAGAUCCCCAAGGACGUCAGAGCCUGCCGCGAGCGCCGCCGCGACGUCAUGUCCAUGAUCGGCCGCUCCAUGUCAGGCCGAGUCUCCAAGCGCGGCGGACGACCCAUCAGCGCCAUCUUCUCCGACAGCUACGGUUCCGUGGAGAAGGACACGCCGAGUCGACGACACAGCAUGUUCCCUCAGCCGCUACGACUCAAGACGCAGGUGGACGAGCCGAUUAUUCUUAACGAAGAUGCGGAUUGGGCGGCUAUGCAGUCGUUUAUGGACAGUCCUGGACAAAUGUCUGAGACUGAUGAUGACAUGAUGCCUGCGUGGGAGCAGUAUGCUGAUUUGGGAGGGUUGACUGAUAUGCGACGAAGGGAGUGA